AUGAGCUCGGACUGCAAGGCUUACUACGGCUCAAGGGAAGCGCUUGUGGAGGGUUUCAUGUGUCCGGAACCGAACAGCACGGCACUUUUCUGCUGCGGUUUCAGCGAUGCCCUGUUUUGCUGCGAUGACCCCAACAACUUUUUCCCCUACGAGUACACCUACAUGUGGUGGUUGAGUGUUGGAGCAGUGACGGGCUUGUCCAUAGCAGGUGUGGUUCUCCUGGCAUUCAUCAUUACUCUCUGUAUCCUAUGUUAUUUGUUCAUUGUCACUAAACCCAGAGGCUUGGACAAUGGCUUGCCACUCAGAGCACAAGGUACUGAAUCCAGUCCACAGGAAGGACCGAGCCAGCCCAGUGCCCCUGCUGGUUCUCAAUGGCUUCGGAAACACUUCCCGAGAGGUAAACUGGACUGCAAUAACCAGCCAGCAGAACAUGACCGCCUUUUCCAGCACUGUUUUAUGGCUACGGUCACAACCAUCAAUGUAGAGAGUCCUGUAUAG